AACAACUUCCGCUCCUUCUCUGCUGCGGAAUGAGAAGAGAAACGUUUUUCGAAGGUUUGGUAAGGUUUCCGGGAACGUUUCCUCGGUUCACAGCGCGGAGAAACUUCAAUGGAGCAUGAUCAUGGAGACAGUUUGGACUGGUCGAUGGAACGACGAGUGGAAGGUUUGGUGAACAAACAUAUGGCGGACAUCGCUGUGGAGAGCCUCCAGCAAAGGCUGACCGCUGUGUCCGAUGAGAUGCACAGUCUGGUCGAACACGUCUCCAGACGCUCAGGUGAGGAGUUCAAAGACGAGUCGCGGAGAGGGGACGUUAGCCUAGGCGUGGAGCCGCAACUCUUCUCAGCCUGCAGCUCAGGAUCCGCUGACAAGUUGAUCUCCGCCCCAGCCACAGAAACUGCAGCUCAGCGGAAGAUCAUCGCCCUGCUGGUAGAGAUCAAAGACGAGCAGCAGAGGCAGUGGGCAGUGCUCAGGGAUCUUCAGGCCCGACUGCAGGGUCAGACUGGAUAUGAGGAGGAGGAUGUGGAGGCUCUGGAUAUGGAUCUCCCCUUGAGGACCCUAGAGCAGCUGGAUGAGAUGGAGAGACGGCUGGAGGAGCCGGGAAUACAGAAAAAAAUGGUGUCUUUCCUGUCCCGGAUGGGCGGGGCUACAAUCGAUGAUGCAGUGAGACGUCUCAUGCAAGCUGUGCUUUCAUUCGCUGUGGGUUCUGAGCUAAACUGGGUGGGCCGUGGACAGAAGAGGAGCUUCAGGAACACUCGCCUCCAAGGGGUCCUCUUCCGGGCUCUGAAGCGGACACCGGUGGGUAAGGAGGCCACUCAUCACCAGUACGCUGACGUGGUGAAGAAGUGGCUGCGGUUUGCCCCUUUCAGACAAGGAGGGAGCGGCCGUCGCUGCUGCAAACCUCCUGUGGAGUCUCCGGAUUCUGAGGAAGUUGACAGUUUCAACCAGAGCUGCACACACUGACGUUUACCUCCCUCUUGAAAGCAGGGGUUUCCACCCCAGUACAAACUGUUCACAUGUGAAGAAAUCCACACUGCACAUGAAAUCUGCUGUUAUGAUAGAAAUAUUAGAGAUACUUGCAUACUGCACACUCUGUUAUUUUCCUUCCUCCACAGUGUUAAUAGAGCAGAUAUGUAUUUUAAAUGAGCUGAGAUGAUAGUUUCAUACACUUCAGUGAGCUGUGUCAGGGAAAGUAAACCUGACAACAGUGUGCCUUCACAAACUUCACUUCAUAAAGUGAAACAAAAAAUCAUACCAUCAACACACGAGUCAUGGAUCUUAAUGGAGAGUAACCUGAGGCAGGUGUUUGAAAGGAUCAUAUUCCAGCUGGAUGUCACCUGGUGGGGGACAGGGGAAAUCUUCUCACACCUCAACCCACAGCCGGGACCAAAACUAUAUUACAACAGGUACAGGUACAACAGGUGGCAUUUUUUCCAUUGAGUGAAUUGAAUGUAAGUUUUUAUAGUAAAAUUAAAUUCUCCCAGGUCAACACAAACCUUAUCAUACAGAUGCAUUUUGGAAUGCACAACUUUAGUAAACAGCACCUGAUCUGUUAUUAUUUAAUUUUUAUUUGUUUAUUUCUCCUUGUUUUUUUUAUUAUUACUGCGCAUGCGUUUUCUGCAGCACAGGCCAGUCUUUCAUCAACCAAUCACUGCGGUUCCUCCAAGCAAGCUCAUCCAUGAAAAUUAAGGUCAGCCAUCGCAACAGAGUCGCACUUUUAGUUCAAGAGUUUUUGCUUUUCCUUAGUAAAAGUUGUUCUCAGCAGCUUUGUGAAGAGGACUUAGGAGAAAACUUUCUGUGACUUAAGAGAAGUCUUAGUGGUAAGAUAAAAUGGUCUUUGCUCGUUCACUCAGUGCACAUCAGUCUCGGUUGUUUAUAAUGGACAGUGCAGUAUAGUCUAUAUGAUUUUCUGUGUAUAUGUUGGUUUUGUUUCACAUUUUUUACAUCAACACUGUUUCUGUUUACAUCUUAUUGGCUAGAGCAGCUUUGUAACUACUGAGGGAGAGAAUCUGCACAGUGGGUGUUCACAGUUUGUCCUGUAGGGGUGAUAUUAUCACAGCAUUUGCCUUAACGUUUGAUGGCCCUCUGGCUCAUUGAGUCACAUCAGUCAGAUCAGUAACAUCAAACUGUAUAUGCAGUUUUUCACUAAGAUGAAUGUUUCCUGGGAGACGUGUCUCCAUGACAACAAACGCAAACAUGCCCAAAUUAAACACUGGUGAGAUUUUUAUGCUCAAUGGAUUAUUCUAUAUUUUGUUUCUACAUUGAUUAAAUUAUUUCUGUUGCAUAGCAGUUAAUUUUUAAUGAGUACAAGUCAAUGUAAAUAUGGACACGUCAUUACAUUCUCUGUGUCAUGUUCAUCAUGUUGUCAGAAGUUUCCUACAAAUCUUACCUUUGCUGUUAUAAUAUCAUUAGUAACUUUCUAACUAAAGAAAAUUUAUAAUUUGUGUAUUAUAUGUAUUAUUCACAGUGGAGAUGUAUAACUGCAGUUUGUUUUUUGAUGUAAUGUUUUAAGAACACAUGAAAUAACCAGUUUGUAAUCUGGUUAUACAGAUUAUACAGAGAAUUCAGGAAGUAUUCAGACCCCUUCACUUUAUUCACGUCGUAAUUUUCUAUUCAGACACUUAGCUGAAGGGUAUGUGUAUGUAUAUGUGUACAUGUAUACAGAAGUGUGACUAAUUAAAGGAAACCCCUGUGUAAGUGUCUUUCCACUGUCACUUACUGCAGGUGCGUGCCGGUGCAAUUAAUUGACGCGCACUGGGCUUGGCUCCCAAUAAACA